AUGAUUGGCAUGGAUGCUAAGCACUGAGAAACGGCGUGGUCUAGCUCUGUCCGCUAAGCGUCUUCACUUUCAAGUACAAGGGUCUCAGUAAUUAACGGCCGCCUUGUUGCCUGCGAAACGGAAAUGAGCCACAAAAUAAGCAUCGGGACAGAAGAAAUAGAUCUUGACGAACUCGACCGACGCAUUCCGGAACUAGGCCUGAACGUCCCUUGCUGCGCGAAAGGUGGCGAUGGCGAAGACGGCGUUAGUGGUCCGUCGUCGUCUGUCUGUCACGUCUUCGAUAACCUGUCCCGAUGGAAUUACGUCCUGUGGCACGUCGGCUUACAGCUGCGAGAAUUCCGGGUUCCCGGAAGACUUUCGCUGGAACUAGUUGUCUACAAGGACGGUGGCGGCCGCGCACACCAGGCGCGCAGUCGCGACGCGAGGAUUCUGUUUCACGUCCUCCUGGUACGGCACGGCUGCGUCGAGAGCCUGCACCUGGACGAAGCCCUCGUGGAAGGCGCUGGACUCGGCGAGUGCCGGGAGUUGGUCGUCUCGGCUCUUCGCCAAAACACGAGCCUCCAAGCGUUGACCGUCUGGCGGCUUCACGAGUACACAAGCGUCCGUUCGGACCUGUUUGAAGCCAUUGGCACUAUGACGAACCUGCGCGAGCUGGCUCUGGACAGCACCUUACCGCGUUCGUUUGUUCAGGACGCUCUUUGUCCGCUUCUUGUGGCCACCACGUGUCUGACAACCCUGUCAACAGUGGGGAUCUUUCACGACGACGAAACCGGUAAGCGUCUAAGCGACGCACUUCUGCGCAACGAAACUGUCGAGACAUUGUCUGUUCAAUAUAGCAUCCUGAAUACUGGCCAGUAUAACGAACGUUCCGUAUUCUGUGACUUCCUGGCCAACAGCACACGGCUAACCUCUCUGAGCGUGCAAGGCGUGCCCGGGUGUCCCUUCUUCAUCGACCCCAUUAUCAAAAGCAUCGUCUCACCCCUCUUCUUCAGCACCAGGCUCCGUAAGCUCCGACUAUGCAGCUUCCGGUUAUCGGCCGACUGCGCGGCUCUGCUGGCUUAUCUCGUUUCCCGACAAGGUUGCCUUGAGAUUCUGGACAUAGGCGACUGUCUCUGGAGCCCCAAGGACUGGCUGGAACGAUGCUCGACCGGUAUACCUGCAGACGAUGACCGCGAGGAUCAAACUUGUCUCUGGAUGGAGCUGUUCGAUUUUACUGCGCCGGUUCAACUCUCUUUUAUGGCCCUCGGUUGCGAUGAACUCAAGCUGCACGAACUGCGGGAUCUAUUGAACACCGCCGUUGCCAUCGAGUCUCUCAAAACAGUAUCGCUGAGAAAUGUGCCGUUGGACGAACUGAAGGCAGUCUGCCGAGUCAUCAGGGAGGCCGGAAUGCUUAGCCGGGUCCACAUAGAGGAACUCUACUACGUCGAUUCUUCUACGCUAUCUAAUCUUCAAGAGUAUCCGGAGGCGUUAUCUAAGGUGGUGAUCAGGUCCUUCGCCGAGACGGGUCCACAAGCGUUUGCAGAAGCAGUCCAGCUAGCCUGCUACUGCUAUCGGGUCACCAUGCUCGAACUCCAGCUGGAUCGGGGAUUCCUAUCAAACGUCCUGGCAUUCCGCAAGCUGAGUGAGUACUUGAGCACAGCUGUAUCGCUGAGGCAGCUUUGGCUAACCGGACGUGACGAAGCGCAUCUCGGUCGUACUCUUAGAUCGGCAAAGCGACCUUACAGCGUACUCCUCGACUUAAUCUUCAAGAACUCGGCGAUCAGAAUUCUGCGGAUCACUGAUUUCCGCGUGGGCGAGGAGAACUUGCGUUUCCUGGCUGACGAAGUUUGUGCCAGCAAGACGCUGUGUUGGCUCAUCUUCUCAUCCGUGGACAACGCAGAAAACGACACGUUCGUUCGGUUGAUAGCCGCCAAGUUUCGCGAUAACAUGACCAUGUCUUAUUUGAAUGUCCUGGAACGCACAGACUGUGUGGACGAUGAGUGGUUCGUGAUUGAAGACGUCAUCAGCCGCAAUACUGGACACCUUACGUGCGCCGCGCACUAUAUUUUAGGCAAGGACCGCUCCCCGCGCUGCGCGGCUGCCUUCGACAUUGUUCGAGGCACGAAUGCUCUCAUGAGUAGAGUCGACGACCUCAAGCAACAGGUCUAAGGCACGGGCAUAUUUCCAAAGACGUCUGAUCUUUAGACCCGUAUAGGGGAAUUUUGAGGGUAGGGUCGCAUUUUGAGCAAGCCUAACAAGACGAAAAGGACAGUCAUGUUCUUUGAUACCGUACAAGUACAUUUAAUUUCAUCAGUUACCAUUGUCAGAAUUCUCAUAUGACUUUGUUUUUAGGUACUUUGUUGUGCGCAUUGUAGUCAGACAAGAAGAAAAAUGUCAGAAUUUGCCUAUCAUACCAACCUGCUUUCGUUACGACAAUAUGCACCACGAGUGCUUCAUUAGCAUUGAGUUUUCAUUUUUAUAGGCAUGUCUUGUCACCGAAUCUCUUGCUCAUGUUCAUUAAUCUUACUGGCUUCACAUUUAUCUCAGACAUGAAAAUGUUUUAUAUUUGACACUGCCUCUUUUUUAUGUCAUUUGAAUAAACUGAGUGCUGCUAUCAACG